UGAAAGCGCGGGAGUUAAAUUGUCAACACCGCGAGCAUGGGUCCGAAACAGACACCAGCAAAGAAGGGAAACACGCUGUUUUCUUAUUUCAACAAAAGUCCAUCUGUAAAGCAUGCUUCCACGCCCAAAACUGGUGAUGCGGACAUAUUGUCACCUAAGCGAUCGCCCAACCAGAAGGACCCGACGAGCACAGGGUCCCUGACUCCGACAAGUAAACAAACAGCUGAUGACGGAGGUGUUGUUGGUGGUGAUCUGGUUUGGGCCAAACUGGAAGGCUACCCUUGGUGGCCAUCAUUGGUAUGUACCCACCCGACUGAUAACAUCCACUACAAAAAGGGCAAGAACCCCCAGGUCCACGUCCAGUUCUUCGACGACCCUGUCUCGAGAGCCUGGAUAAAGGCCAAGUAUGUCCAGCCCUUCAAAGGGUCAGAUGACAAGGAGUAUCAACGAGGCGGUCAGUUUUUCUCCCACAACCCGAAGGUAAAGCAAGGCACCUGUGAGGCAGACAAGGCUAUGGCUCUGACCACAGAGGAUAGACUGAAACUAGUUGUGGAGCUCCAGCCCUCGGACAACGAGGAUGAAGAAGAGAGUAUGGAUUUGGAUCCGGACAUAUUUGAUGAUGAAAUUGAUGAAGAGACUGACAACAGCAAGGAAAAUGUCAGCACAACGGAGGAUGAUAAAAAGAAACCAUCCAAGUCUCCAAGAAAAACUCCAAAGAAAGAUUCUCAUCGACGGUCGACACGGACGCCGAAACCCAAACGAAGGCGAAUUGUGGAAAGUCAUGACAGUGAGGAGGAAUCGGGUGAUGAAUUCAAACUUAAAGAGGACUCUGAUGAGGCAAACUUUAGCAGCGAAGAUGAGGAAAGCAGUGGUGUCGAUGAAGACGAUGUCUCUGAUAUAGAAACAGGCUCCGAACCAGAAUCUCCCAUCAAGGCUCCCCAGAAGAGAAAACGACCUCCGCCCAAAUCUAAACCUGCAGCCAAGCAGAAUGAUAGCCCAGACACAACUACUCCCUCCCUCAACAGCUUUUCCUCCGGCAGUAAACCGACAUUCACACCAACUGUUGGAGACAAGACCAAGUCGAGGCUGGCUGCAUUUACAGCAGCUGAUAGUCCGAGUACAUCUAAACCUGCACUUACAGAACAGGAGGCCAACUUUCCUCAUCUCAAACUCGACUUUCUCCAACCACACAAGAUCAAAGAUGCUAAGAUGCACGAUAGAACUGACCCCGAAUACGACCCCAAAACACUCCACAUUCCAGAGAGUUUCAAAAAAUCUACUACACCGGCAAUGAGGCAGUGGUGGGAACUGAAGUCAAAGUAUUUCGACUCCAUUCUCUUCUUCAAGAUGGGAAAAUUUUACGAGCUUUUCCACAUGGAUGCUGUAAUAGGGGUGAAUGAGCUUGGAAUAAUAUUCAUGAAGGGAGAACAAGCACACUCAGGAUUUCCCGAGAUUGCCUAUAACAGAUACGCAGAAACACUUAUACAGAAAGGGUACAAGGUGGUCCGCAUCGAGCAGACGGAGACUCCGGAUAUGAUGAAUGACCGCCUCAAAGCUUCAUCCAAACAAACAACCAAGUUCGACAAAGUUGUAAAGCGAGAGGUUUGUCGUGUAACAACCAAAGGUACACAGACUUUCAGCUUCAUGGACGGUGACUGCAGUGGUGCUCAGAAUAAUUUCCUCCUCGCCAUUGCAGAGAAGGAGGGGGCUGUAGAAGGCUGCAGUAUCUUCGGGGUCUGUUUUGUAGACACGUCUAUAGGGAAAUUCUACGUAGGUCAGUUUGCUGAUGACCGGCACUGCUCCAGAUUGCGAACUCUGAUAGCGCACUACACCCCUUCACAGGUUUUAUUCGAAAGGAACAAAAUGACACCAAAGACACAAUUGGUACUUAAAAACAACCUGACAUUUGUGUCGAAGGAAGGCUUGACAUCUGGGUCAGAGUUCUGGGACAGUUCCAAAACCCUCAAACGCCUGGCUGAGGAGGAUUAUUUCAAAGUUAACGACAAGUUUGUGUGGCCGGCUACUAUCAAGAAAAUGAUUUCUGAAACGGACGCUCUAGGACUGACCCCUGGAGAUGACUACAAUCUGGCUAUACGGGCAUUGGGAGCUGUUACGUGGUACCUUCAAUACAGCCUGCUGGACCAGGAACUCCUCUCCAUGAACAAUUUUGAAGAGUACUCUCCCUUGGAUGAUGCUGAAGUGAAGGAGUGUAAAAAAGAGACAUUUGGAGGUCGUCAACACAUGGUGCUGGAUGGAGUGACCCUAGCUAACCUGGACAUCACGGAGAACUCGGCCAGUGGGACACUGGAGGGGACCCUACUGGAACAGCUUGACCAUUGUAAUACCCCAUUUGGCCGUCGUUUGUUCCGACAGUGGCUCUGUGCUCCGCUUUGUAAUCCAGCCUCCAUUAAUGAUCGUCUGGACGCUGUUGAUGAUCUGAUUGGCUGUCCAGAUUUAGUUGCUACGACAGCAGAAAUUAUAAAAAAAUUACCUGACUUGGAGCGAUUAUUAAAUAGAAUCCACAGUUUAGGAUCGGCGUCCAGGAGUAAAAACCAUCCGGAUUCCCGUGCUAUUAUGUUUGAUGAGGCCAAAUACAGUAAGAAAAAGAUUGAAGACUUCCUGUUGACGAUAGAGGGAUUCAGAACCAUAUCUAAAGUGGCCAAGAAGUUUCAAGGUCAUACCAAGAACUUCAAGUCCAAAUUGUUAUCAAAGACUAUGACGCUACAGGGCGAUGAGAGCGAAGGAUGUUUUCCUGAUCUCCAUGACGACAUAGAGUUCUUUGAGCAUUCAUUUGACCAUAAUAAAGCCAAGAAGGAUGGAGUGAUUGUACCCAACAAAGGUGUGGAUGAAGACUAUGAUCAAGCCAUUUCAGACAUUCAGGCCACUGAGCGGUCACUCAAUCUUUAUCUUGACCGACAGCGGACUCGACUGGGCUGUAAGGCGAUGACAUUCUGGGGUACGGGAAAGAAUCGGUAUCAGAUGGAAGUCCCUGAGAGUGCAUUAAAGAGAGUUCCCGAUAAUUACGAGCUUUUCUCCUCAAAGAAGGGAUGGAAGCGGUACAGGACAUCAGAAAUAGACGAAUAUUUGUCAGAACUCGCGGAUGCUGAGGAAAGAAAAGAUUCAGCGUUAAAAGAUACGAUGCGAAGAAUCUUCCACAGUUUUGACGAGAGGUACAAGGCGUGGGAAGUGGCUCUUCAGUGUAUAUCGGUGCUGGAUGUUCUUAUGUCGCUGGCCUCCUAUAGUCGGUGUGGGGACGGAGUCAUGUGUCGACCAGAACUUAUCUCCCCUGAUGGCGAUAUACAGCCAUUCCUGGAGAUCCGAGAUGGACGUCAUCCAUGUAUAGCGAAGACCUUUACUGGUGGAGACUUCAUACCUAACGAUACUCUUAUCGGCCUGAAGGAUGACAAUGAAAUGGAGACCGAGGAAGAAGAAUACAAUGCUGACAGUCAAGUGAUUCUGGUGACCGGACCAAAUAUGGGCGGUAAAUCAACGCUGAUGAGACAAGUGGGUCUCAUUACCGUAAUAGCCCAAAUGGGGUGUUACGUACCAGCUGAGAAGUGCCGUAUGACGCCUGUGGAUCGUGUAUUUACCAGACUUGGAGCCACAGACAGAAUUAUGGCUGGUGAGAGCACCUUUUUUGUGGAGUUGAGCGAGACUUCGGCUAUCUUACAGCAUGCCACACGACAUUCCUUAGUACUCAUGGAUGAACUAGGAAGAGGCACAGCUACUUAUGAUGGAACGGCUAUUGCCUGUUCCGUUGUUAAUGAGCUCUCCAGACGAGUUUGCUGUCGCACGCUUUUCUCCACACACUACCAUUCAUUGGUUGAGGAGUUUUCACAUGACCCUAACAUCCGACUGGGUCACAUGGCAUGUAUGGUGGAGAAUGAAGAUGAGACCGACCCUACCCAGGAGACCAUCACCUUCCUCUACAAACUCUCUCACGGAGCAUGUCCCAAAAGUUACGGCUUCAACGCAGCAAAAUUAGCCAACAUCCCUGACGAGAUAAUCCGAGUGGCAGUAAAAAAAUCGAGGGAGUUCGAAGAGAACACAACACGACUCCGGCUUGUCAGAUCACUCUAUCAGGAAUGUUCAGGGGAAAAGUUAGUUAGCCUACAACAACAGAUUCGGGAUGUGUGAAACCCAUUGAUGUCAUAUGUCGACACCUAGGCCUGUGAUCAUUGACGCCAUCUGUCGACACCUAGGCCUGUGAUCAUUGACGCCAUCUGUCGACACCGAGGUCUGUGAAUAUUGAUGUCAUCUGUCGCCAAAUCUGCGAAUGUGAUCUGAAUGACAUGGGAACUUGACUACAGCACAGUAAAUCUAUGAUUACUGUGUGACAAAACACACGCGAAUCUCUGUAGUUUUUACUUGUGAACAAUUCAUUAGAAUUGUGUGUGAUUGUGACAGAUUGUGAAGGUGUUUCACCAAUGAUAAAGAUAGUAUUUCACCAAGACGUGGAUACAGGAUUUUACCACGAGGGCUUCAACUUGAUGAUUUUGGCUUAAAAUCCACAUGUAUAAUGAUACAAUGCUGAUUUUCUACGAUUACAAAAGAGAGGUUCAUUCGACAAUCUUACCCUUUGAUCUGCUACAGAUCUCACCAACAACAUAACAAAUGGAUGCGAUGAUUCAGCAACGAGAACAAUUUGUUUGAACCAAUACAUUACCACUGAACGUAACAUUGGGCUAGGAUUAUGUCAACAUUGGUUUUGAAGUUGUUGGAAUGAAAUGGAAAUCCUUGAUGUUUGGACGAGUUUGUCAAAGUAAACAAAAUUUUGAAGAUAUUCACAGUAGUAUUCAAUACGAUAAAGAUUGUUUUGCGAUAAUCAAUGAUGUAUUUAGUCUUGAAAAGUCGUCAUAAUGCGAAUCUGUGUUUCAUUCAUAUGGAAAAUUACGAAGAGAUAUGGAUAUUCGAAAUGUACAUGUACUUUCUCCAAAUUGGAAGAGAUGCGUCUGUGAAUUCAAAGACCUCAAGAAAAUGGUCAAAUGAGCACUGAACAAUGAAAAGUGAAAUGUACUAUGAUUAUUGUAAAAAAUUGUGUGUAAAAACGGCCUUGAGUUUGGUUUGACCAGAUCAAUGCUCCAAGGCCGACAUCCGUUGGUGCUACAGUAAACUCACAUGAGAAACUUUGUUGGUUUACAAAUAAAACAAUAUUAUUGAUUAACUUUGAUCCUUAGGAAGAUGUUUUGCAUUGUAAGGAGGAGUGCAUUUCGGAAUUUAUUUGAUCCGGGAGACGUAAACGGUACAUUUUGUACGGGGAGACUUUUCUUAGAAGACGUUACGCUAUCUCAAAGGUUGUUAAAAUGCUGCUUAAAAUCUAUAUACAAUGUAGUUUUGGUAGCAGAAUGAAUUAAAAGUUAAAAGUUUUACCCUGAGUGCAUGAGAUAGCUAGGUUGAACUGUUAAUGUAUAUGAAUUGUUACAAUAUCUUGAUCAUUUUAUAAAUGAAGGUGAUACCACCGUUCAACAUAC